UUGUUGUUCCCAGCGACAACCCCACAUACAACACCGCUGCCUGCUGUUGUUGUUUGGUUCGCUCCAUCCAUCCAUCCAUCCAUCCAUUCGUCCAUAUCCACACACGCACAUCGCCGCCAGCUGGUGCUGUGUUUUGUUGAGUGCACCUUGCAGUCGCAUGUGAGGUGAAGUGUUGUUGUCCGUCACCACAUCCUUCACUACACCACACCACACCACACCACACCACACCACACCACACACGCACACUUUUUCACACACACGCACACGAUGCGAGUGAGAAGCGCGCUUGCUGCGCUGUUGGUUGUGCUUGGUGUGCUGUGCUGCAGUGCACCCAUCGCCCUCGGUGAUGUGUACAUGCACAACCCACGCGGAUCCAACAACCGCCUGAACGAGCGGUCCGCCAACCGCAACAACGGCAACCGCAUGUUCGACUCGCAGAACAACAACCGCGGCGGCUACAACAAGGGCGACAACAGCGUCAACGCGUUUCAGACAUACUCGGAGCAGCAUGACAUGACCUUCUUCAUGUCGCACCCGGACGCGGAGAAGGGCGGUAAGGGCGAGUCCGUCCUCACCGUCGAGUGGACCAACCAGCACGGCUGCGGCGGAAACGAGCACAACGACCCGCACAAGCUCAACUGCAACAUGGUCCUGCAGUACAUGUGCCUCCCGGAGGAGGUGCGCGAGCAGACGCGCGAGACGUGCGACGAGGAGUGCCGCAUCCCGCGCCCUGAGAACCCAACCUGCGACCCGGACAACGCCAACCAGUGCGGCCUGUCCCCAAUCAAGGACAUGUUCCGCUGCCGCGAGCUCGGCAUGCUGCCCACGGAGGCGGAGAUGUACGACCGCUACAACUGCCCGCACAGCUGCGGCAACAACGCCGCCGCCAGCAGCCAGCUCGACUGCGGCUCGUCCUGGCGCGAGUACGCCGGCACCGCGGGCUACCUGCGCAUGCGCGACGGCCUCAACACCAACCGCCAGGACUACACCAAGCCCAACAGCGGCACGCUCACGGAGCAGGCCCGCUACAACCGCAAGGCGGGCAACGUGCGCGAGGACCGCGGUCUGCACGAGGACUGGGACUUUUACGACGAGUGCUACCGCCGCGAGCGCAACCGCGGCCUCUUCACUGCAGACCAGAACCUGCGCAACAACAACCUCGGCUACUCCUCGGCCGUGUUCACGCGCCAGAACCCCAACGACAACCGCCGCGGGUACGAGUGCCCGGAGGAGCGCGACUACUGGCCCUACUGGCACCCGAGCCCCUGGGUCGACAUUGCCGUGCUCACGGACCGCUCGGACCUGUGCCCCUUUUACCAGGCCGAGUCGCAGAACGUCAAGGGCAAGCACUUUUGCCGCAACACGCGCCGCUGCACCAACUGCAUCCGCUUCAACAACGAGGCGCAGUGCAAGGCCAACGGCGGCAAGUGGGUGCUGCACCCGCCGCACCACCGCCCGGCGCCAGAGUGCCUGCAGGCCGCGUGGACCCGCGUGAACCACCUGGGCAACGGCCGCCACGGCCAGCCGGUCACCUACAACUGGACCCUGCCCUACCUGGAGGUGGGCGCCGACCGCUUUGCCGAGGCCGUGCCCCACCGCUGCGUCCUGCGCCUGCGCUACAACAUCUCCACGGACGACUACGACGCCUGGCGCGUCAACGCCUCGUUCAACAACAACGAGGGCGCCGGUGUCGUGUCCCCCGUGCGGCAGAACCCGAACGUGGACAUUGGCGCGCGCAACACGGCCCUGCGCCUGGCCAUCAACACGGCCCAGUUUGGCCGCACCUUCCAGGACCGCUCGCACGUGUUCCGCCUCGUCCCGCGCACAGACGGGCGCUUCACAGGCAGCCGCCCGCGCGCCAAUGCCAACGUCAACAACGCAGAGUUCUUUGGCAAGCGCCGCCUGUACAACCUCAACGUGCGCGGCAAGCGCGGCAACAUUGUGCAGACGUUCCCCGCGGUGGAGUACGACUUUGUGCCGAACCACCUGCACAUCUCCGAGGGCGACCUGGUGCACAUCCAGUGGGCGGGCUCCAACACGCACAACAACGGCAACCCGGCUGGCGACGGGCAGGCGGGCGAUGCGGGGGAGGGCCGCGGCGGGACAGACCGCCACAACUUUGUUGAGCUGCGCCGCCGCCAGUUUGGGGAGAGCUUCCCUGCCACCUGGGAGGAGAACACCAUCUUCAAGAACAUGGUGGAUGCCCUGGACGCGCAUGCCGAGUUUGAGGAGGAGCCGCACACCAUCUCCACCACGCUGGACCGCGGGCGCGACUGGGAGGAGGUGAAGCAGAGCUGGGCGCUUCGCAUGGCCAGCGCAGGGUACUACCGCUCGUUCAACUACAAGGACAACGACGGGAGACCAGACCCCAACUCCGUGGAGGGCAGGCCCACGCAGCUCAACACCCUGCUGGACAACGCCCCCGCCUCGUAUGUGGGCGGCAUCUUCCGGUUUGCGCGCGGCACGUACAACUACAUGUGCACCCGCAACCACAACUUCUCCAACCGCGACCAAAAGGGCCACCUUGUCGUCGAAUGACGCGCCACAACUUCAGCGUCAUUUCGGUGACCAUUAUGCAUGCAUACAUGCAAUCAAUCAAUGGCAUGGCACUUGGUUGUGCAGUUUGGUUUUUGUUUGUUUUGUGCGUCUGCGCCUAGACUUCUUGGUCUUGUUUGUGUCGUUGUAUGAACUGCAUCUGUAGCUGUGUUUGCGUCUGUGUAUCUGUUCGUUUGUCUGGUUUGUGUCUUUUGUCUGUGUGCGCGUUUUGAUGGCGCCAUAGUGUGUUACACCUUUUACUUCUCCUUUUUUUCGUUGAUGAUGGUGGUCGGUUCACUUGCGUGCCCUGCCAUGUGUGCUCUUUUGUCUUUUCUUUCUCUUCACCCGCACGAACGAACGCACACACCCGACGACGACGACGACGACGACGACGCCGACGACGCCGACGACGAUGGAAAGAAGAAAUGAUGCUGGUGGUGAUGGUGGUGUGUUGUUGCGUCAUGCAUCUGACCUCCAACCGCCGCUGCCACCCACCUUCUUUGUGUGCGCUUGGCUGGUUCCACAGCGCACCUUCGUCUGGUCUUUUGUUUCUUCCACCCCUCCUCUUCUUGCCACCACUUGCUUGCUUGCUUGCUUGCUUGCUUCUGUCCCCUUCCUUCAGUCUGCUUCUCACACAAUACAAGAACUGAAGACACCACA